ACACAAACGCUACAUUGAGCAGAGGAAACGGAAAAGACGCAACACACGAGAAGAAGACGGCUGUUCCCCCCCUCCCCAACCCCCCCCUCUCAUUUGAAUACCCCGUAGAAAGAACCACAGACAUCGUUCUUUUCCUCAUACCCCUUAUUCUGAGCGGUCCUCGUUUUUUCGAUCGCCUCCGAUUUUUGCGGAUUUUUUUUUUUGGGGGGGGGGGGGAGUGGGGUGGUGGUGGUGGUGGUGGGGCAGAAGUUGCCAGCUGUUAGCAGCUGGCAGAAAGCACCCGCCCUGCUCAGGAACAAGGCACUCGGAGGAGGAGGAGGAGGAACGAGAACGAGGGCUAAGAGGGAGACAUGGCACCCCAGCAAGCGCAGCCGCAGGUGAGGCAGCACAUGGUCAAGUUCCUCCGGAGCUUCCCGGGGGUCACCCGCCUGCUGCAGAUCGUCUUCGGCGCCGGCCUGUGGGUCACCAUCGCCGCCAACAAGUACGAGGGCUCCAUCCAUUUCGUCCUGUUCGUGGCGGUGCUCUUCUGGCUCCUGUGCCUGGGCCUCUUCUUCGUCGCGCUGCUGGACAAGCAGGACGCCGUGCCCGUGCUCGGUGGCCCCCGCUGGCUGUGCGCCAACCUGGCGCACGACGUGGCCGCCGCCGCGCUCUACUUGCCCGCCGUGGGAGUCAUGGUGUACAAGACGGAUCGCAAUUCGUACUGCAACUUGGAGCAGUACAAGCACUUCUGCUUGUACAAGGUCUACCUGACGGCCGCCGUGUUCGCCUGCCUGUGCUGCCUGGCCUUCCUGCUCUCGGUGGUCUACGGUGCCUGCAGGAAGAGCCGAGGGGAGCAGACGCUCAUCUGAGGCUGUGCUGGCCUUUUUCUGCAUCAUCUUGAGAAGCGUUGACCCCAGAAGGAGCCUCGCCUGCCUGUCUGACCUCUACUGGAAUGUUCCAGCACGCUGCUGCUCGCUGUCAAGCCGGGCGGUUAUCAACUGGUGGC